GCGGCGGGAGCGGCGGCGCAUCUCGCCCGCGCGCCUUCCCGGCCCCUCGGUGCGCGGCGCGGGCCCGGGACAGCCUCCCUGGGGACCCAGGGGACAGGCGUUGCCUCUCAGCUAUGGCUCGGACAGUGGACGUGGUUGGCCCGGCGCCCUGGGGCUUCCGGAUCUCGGGGGGCAGAGAUUUCCACACCCCCAUCAUGGUGACCAAGGUGACCGAGCGGGGGAAAGCUGAGGCCGCUGACCUCCGGCCUGGGGACAUCAUUGUGUCCAUUAACGGGAAGAGCACGGAGGGCAUGCUGCAGGCUGAGGCUCAGAGCAGGAUCCGCCAGAGCCCCUCGCCCUUGCGGCUGCAGCUGGACCGAUCCCAAGCCGUCUCUCCGGGGUGCACCAACGGGGAUGGCUUUGUGGAGGCGCGCGCCACCCGCUUCCAGGGCUCUGCAAGGACCCAGGCCAGCAGCCAGUCCUCCCUGCGCUCCUCCUGCUCCAGCCCCGCCUCCCUCAGCCCCCGCACUGGAAGCCCCUUCUCCACCCCCAGCAGCCCGCAGCCAACGGCUGGAGAGGCAGUGAUCGGGCGCAGCUUCCAAAGCCUGGCGUACACCGCAGGGCCCCCAGCCGCUGAGCAUGCCUCCUAUGAGGGCCGCCCCAGGAGUCGCCAGGCCGGCCUGGGCCGCGCUGGAGACUCAGCUGUGCUGGUGCUGCCAAGCCCGUGUCCAUCCCCGGUGCCCAGCUCCACCAAUCCCAGGCUCAGUGUGGACCUCCUGGAUGAGGACUCUGAAGUCUACAAGAUGCUGCAGGAGAACCGAGAGGGCCGGGCGCCCCCCCGGCAGUCCAGCUCCUUCCGGCUCUUGCAGGAAGCUCUCGAGGCCGAGGAGAGAGGUGGCGCCCCUGCCAUCCUGCCCAGCUCACUGAGCUCAACAUCCUCCCUGCCUGCCCCCCGGGCACUGGCCACCCCACCCAGGCUGCUCACGUGUGAGAAAUGUGGUGCCGGCAUCACGACCCAGGCCGUGCGCAUUCAGGAGGGCCGGUUCCGCCACCCCGGCUGCUACACCUGCACCGACUGCGGCCUGAACCUGAGGAUGCGGGGCCACUUCUGGGUGGAUGACGAGCUGUACUGCGAGAAGCACGCCCGCCAGCGCUACGUGGCACCAGCCCCCCGCAGCUCGCAGGCCUGAGCCCCGCACUGUGCCAGGGCAGG